AUGAAUUUACUCUCCUGGAAUUGCAGAGGUGCAGCCUCAAAAUCUUUUCCAGCUAGACUCAGAGAUGUGCUCAAAGGAAAACAAGCUAAUCUUGUGAUCCUAGUGGAAACGAGAGUUAGCGGUGUGAAGGCAGAUCGUAUAAUGAAGAAGUUGGGCUUCAACAAUUGGAUUCGGGUAGAAGCAACAGGCUACGCAGGUGGUAUUUGGCUUCUGUGGAAUGAUGAUGAAGUCAAUAUUCACUAUGAGUCUUCUACUACCCAACUUCUACACGUCCGAGUAUCUAUGGUAAAUUCAAAUCACUCUUUCUGGUUAUCCUGCAUUUAUGCUGAACCGUCUUGUCAGUUAAGAACUGCUCUUUGGCAUGACCUCACUCACAUUAGUAGAUCUAUGUCGGAGCCCUGGCUAGUAAUCGGUGACUUUAAUGCUUAUCUUUCUAAUGCCGAUAAGAAGGGCAGUGAUCACCUUAAUGUAACUUCGAUGAGACAGUUUAAUGAUUGCAUUCAACAAACCCAUUUGAUAGAAGUUGACUGUGUGGGGGACAGAUUUACUUGGGAAAGAGACAUACUGAAGGAGAGGAUUGACUGGGCUUUCACAAAUGAUCUUUGGCUUCAGAGAUACCCUUUAACCAAGGUCCACCAUUUGUGCAAAUUCGGUUCAGAUCAUAGACCUCUGUUCAUCAGAAACUCACCAGAUAGAUGGGAAAGGCAACAUACUCCAGCCUUUAGAUGCCAGGCAGCUUGGUUUCUAGAGGAGGACUUUAUCAAUGUGGUUGACCAAUGCUGGAAAGAGGGAAGUUGGAACGAGAAAAUUGCUUUAUUUACUCAUGAAGCUAGAGAAUGGAACAAGAGACGGGUGGGGAAUAUACCUGCUAAAAAAAAUAGCUUGAUGAAGAGAAUUGAAGAAGUAGACAAGAAGAGGCGACGACGGGACAACCAGUAUCUUGCUCAGACAGAAAAGGAGCUAUGGAAGGAAUAUAACAAGGCAUUGGCCCAGGAAGAGCUUCUUUGGUUUCAGAAGUCUAGAUGCAAUUGGUUAAAGUGGGGGGACAAGAAUAGCAAAUUCUUUCAUUCUUCGGCUAUCAUACAUAGGAGGCGCAACCGUGUUGAAGGUCUUAAGAACUCAAGGGGUGAUUGGAUCUUUGAUCAACAAGAGCUGAAAAGAAUGGCCCAAGACUACUAUCAGAAGCUAUUUCAGAGUAGCUUAACAGGGGCUCCCUCUCUUCAUACAAGGCACAGCUUUCCAUUACUCUCUGAUGGGGAUUAUCUUCUUUUGUCUGCAGAGGUCAGUGAUACAGAAAUCAAGGCACAGCUUUCGACUUAG